AUGCGUCGCCACCUGCCUACCUCUGAGCGUGCGCACUUUAGCCAGUACAAGAGUGCUCAGACCUUGUACGACGCUGUAGUUGCACGCUACUCCUCCCCUGCAACCGCUGCACUAAGCCUUCUCAUGCUACCGUACCUCUUCCCUGACCUUGCUGCCUUUCCCACACUCGCUGACCUCAUUACGCACCUCCGCACUAGUGACACUCGCUACCGCGCUGUGCUUUCUGCUGACUUCUGCAACAAGAACCCCCCCCCCCCCAUGUACAUCACUCUCUACUACAUAGUCACUCGCCUCCCUGACUCCCUUCGCGUAGUCAGGGACCACUUCCUCUCAGUCUGUCCCACCACUCUCACUAUUGACCUCCUCGAGAAGUCCCUUCUAGCGGCCGAGAAGAGCAUAGUCGCUGUAGGGGCCUCUCAUGGUGACCCGCGCACCCCCAUCUUUGAGGGGUGUUUCCCCUCCCCGCUUCUGCCCUCUGUUGCCUCUGCUGCUGCGGCCGACCUCCUUGGUCUUGAGUCGGUCGGUGCGGCGUCUGCCCUUAGCGGGAGACGCCGCUCUGGCAGGGGCAAGGGGGGCAGGGGCACUGGAGGAGCGAGCGGGGGCGGUGGAGGUGGAGGUGGAGGCGGCAGGGGGAGUGGGGAUGGCGGUGGGAGUGGAGGUGGAGGUGGAGGUGUCGGUGGCGGCAGUGGAGGCGGAGGCGGCGGAGGCGGUGGCGGUGGGAGCGGAGGUGGUGGAGGUGGUGGCGGUGGAGGAGGCGGUGGAGGCGGCGGUAGUAGCGGAGGCGGCGGAGGCGGCGGAGGCGGCGGGGGUGGCGUUGGAGCUGGUCGCGGGUCUACCCAGAGGAGUGGCUCCGGUGGUGGUCCGCGCCAGCAGCAGCAGCGCGGUCGUGAGACCUUGUCCCCUAAGCAGCUCCGUGAGUGGUACACUGCACGCCAGCGAGGUGGGGGCUUUGGUCCGUGCACCUACGUCCUGCGCACCGGCGACCGUGCGGGUGAGCAGUGUGGGGGUGCGCACCCCACUCUGCGCUGCUUUGGCCGCCUUACGGACGCGUGGCGUCACCAGUUCCCGGAGGCCACAGAGAUCCCUCGCUGGGGCGAGCUGUCUAGGGCGGGAGUUGCCAUCUAUGAUCUUGAUUUUGAUGCUAUCCUUUCUGCCAUGUAUGCUGUGUCUAUUAGUGAUGAGGGUGACUGUUACCGGUGUUUCCCGCCCGACCCGGGCAUUGAGACUGCUGCUCUAGGUGCUGGUGAGGCUGCUGCUCUAGGUGCCACUGAGGCUGCUGCUCUAGGUGCCAGUGCGUCUGCGUCCUCAGGUGCUGGUGAGUCUGCGCUCGCAGGUACCGCGUCGACUUCGGCCUCCCUCACCUUCACACUUGACUCAGGGGCUUCUCGCUCCUUCUUUCAAGACCGCACCACACUCACGCCGCUUGGUCGGCCGGUUGCAGUCUCCCUGGCAGACCCCUCUAGGGGUCCUGUCCUUACCCACUUCUCCACUGACCUCCCGUGUCCGGCGGCCCCCUCUGGCACCUUGUCUGGUCUUUCCCUCCCCUCGUUCUCUACAAACUUGGUGAGUGGUGCUGACCUAGAGGAUGCGGGGGUUCACCAGUUUACUCCUGCGAGUCAGCGGGUGACUCACUGCUCGGACGCUCGCACAGGCCGGCACCUGGCCACGUAG